AUGGCGGGGGCAAAGAGCAUGCGCUCAGUGACUACUUUCCAGCUAUUUCUGUUUCUGCUUGGCCUUUCAUCUCCGGUUCUUUCAGGCAAAUCACAAAAGCCACCUGGCAAAAAUGCCAUCCUGCUCUCGCAAGUACACGCGCUGACACUCCAUGGAGGCCGACUCACAAGCUCUCGGCGGGUGUCCCCUGUUCCUCAACUUAAAUGUGUGGGCCCGUCAAAGCGCAUAUGUGAUCUAUACGAGAUUGAUACUAUGAGGUGCACCAAUGCAGGUUACGGCUACGACGAAGACGACGUGCAGUGGACUUGUACUGCAUCGCUCCCCCCAGAGCUGAAGCUUGGUUCAACAGACGUCAUUUGCGAGGGCUACCGAAACUCGGAUGACCCAUGGGUUCUAAAAGGUAGCUGUGGGGUUGAAUAUCGAAUGCUUCUGACAGAUCUGGGAGAGGAGAAAUUCGGCUAUAAUUCCUAUGAUUUCGCACAGCGCGGUCAUCGACCAGGGAAGCUCGGACGAACAAUGGAUCGGGUAUUCAAUGUGCUGUUCACUGGGAUUUUCAUUGGUGGAAUCGGAGAGGUCCGCAACCUGGUCGCCGUUGGGGUGGUGGUGGUGGUGGCGAUGGUGGCGGCGGACCCUACCCUGGACCUCCUCCUCCUCCUCCUCCUCCUCCUUACCGUCGCUAUUCAUACGACCCGAGUACGGAAAAUCCAGAUUGGAGGCCAGGAUUUUGGACAGGCGUACUCACUGGUGGGUCGGUUGGCUAUGGGCUUGGAAGUAGGAACAGUCGCUACAGUUCCCCAGCGAGAGGACGCAGAGGGAACUAUGGGUCUGGAGAAGGCAGCUCCUCGCGCGUGUCAUCCUCGACUACUACAAGCACAGGGUUUGGCUCUACGAGUCGAAGGUAACUCUCAAUUUACUCUACUGAUGACGCGAGUUUUCUUUAUCUCGGCUCAUACAACUACAUGGAUAUAUAUUCAAGUAGUGUUGGCCGCCUUCGCCCAUGAGUAA